UCUCCAUCAUUAUCAAGCAGAACUGAGAGAGCAACAAGAGAGAUGGCGCCAUUGAAAUCGCUGGAGAAGGAGCACCCAAUUUUAAACUCAGAGUUCCAGAAUUUCUGUGCAUCUCACGGAAUUUUCUCAGUUGAAGAUCUCCUUAUGCAUGACCUAUAUGUGUUGGUUGCUUUGGCGGAACAACAGCCAGCCUCAGAGAGACUGAAAGAGGGAAUAACCCAAGUCUUAUCCAUCAUGGACGGUCAACAUCAGCCUUGGAUGAAUGGUAUGGAGUUGUUGCAAGAUGCCCAAAGGAACAAACAGAUUUUAUCAACUGGAUGUGAAGGGAUUGAUUCGUUUCUGCUUGGUGGAUUACGUGAGGGACAGUUGACAGAACUCGCUGGGCCUUCGUCUUCUGGCAAAACUCAAUUUUGCUUGCAAUUUGCCUCGAAUGUCGCCAAGAAACAUAGUGGUUGUGUCAUAUACUUGGAUACAGGGAACUCUUUUUCACCUCAACGCAUUGCACACUUUAGUGGCCUGAGCUCUGAUUCUACUUUCAAUGAGUCCAGAAGGAGCAUACUUCGAAAAGUAAUGAGUAACAUAGAGUGUCAUUCAGUGUUUAACAUCUUUGAGAUGUUUGAUGUGCUGCACCAGCUUGAUUUUGAUAUGAGAUCGCAGAUGCGUGGAGUUGAUCUUAAGGCGCGGUUGCUUAUUGUAGAUUCAAUCUCAUCCUUAAUAAGCCCAAUCCUCGGAGGCAAUGGCUCACAUGGGCGUGCAAUGAUGACAUCUGCUGGAGCUCUACUCAAGAAGUUGGCGCAUGAGCAUAAUAUUGCUGUACUGGUGACCAAUCACACUGUUGGUGGAGAGGGUGGUAUUCCUAAACCAGCUCUGGGGGAGAUUUGGAAGUGCAUUCCACAUACAAGGCUUCUACUAUCCCGUGACCUUGACAGCAAUUUUUGCCAUAUUUCCGUACUAAAACAUUCAUCGCUUGUAAGUUUUCAAAUUCUACUACUUUUAAUGGUUUACCUUAACAGCUUGUUUCUAUUAAAGUUUUAUUAACUUGUCUUCUAUUGUUUCCAUCUUGUCGCGUGUAUCUAAACUAGCCACAAUGUUAGUAAAUUCUUUUCAUGUUUAAUGUGCAUAAAAAUGAAUAAGUAAGAUAAAUAAAGAUUGCACCAUUUCUAAAUACUUUUGACUUCAUAUUCCAGAACAUGCUGUCAUUGCUUAUAAGUUUCUUUAACAUGGUUAUUUUCUUCCCAGGCCUCUGGUAAGACAACUACAAUUCUGCUUUACAAGUAAUUUGUAGCUUGAUAUACUUUCCCAUCUCGUGGGGAAAUAGAAUAGGAGUAAAGUAGUAUAGUUAUGGUACGUUUUCUGUUAACUAAGAAUAAAGUAUUGUAGCAUAUAUUGCAACGGGAGGAACAGAAAAUUUGAACUUUGAUUGUGCACAAUUGUAUCUGAGUUUUAUUUUCAUGUAAUUUGGGUGGUUUUUCUUC